CAGAGCUCCAGAGCGUUCUGCUCGUGCGUUUCGGAAUCUCUGGUUUCGGAGCAAUAACAAUACACCGAUUAUACACUCACGAGACGCCCAGUUCUUAUUUACUUUGAUGUACUAAUUUAUUAAUGCACCUAAAAGUUCUGUGCUAUACGUGCUAUACAUGCUACGCAGUUUGAGCAACAUCGAGGGGUGAGAUUUUGUUAAACUAGUGCAUAAGGCUGAUUGGGGCGUCGACGGCGACGAUAUAGAAAGUGCACUGGGUUCUAUCGGGGAAUUAUGGUGAGAAAGGAUGGGGAGCUCGGGGGCAUCGACGACGAGAGCCUCGCACGAGUCAAGCUCAUCGCCGAGAAGAAGAGGCAAUUGGAAAGGACGGCUGAUCAGGUACACCAGGAGAUAAGCUCAUGCUUCGAGCGCCUGUUCGACAAACUGCGGGCCCGAGAGCGGCAGCUUCAGCGCCAGGUCGAGGCCGUCCAUCGCCAGCAGUUGGCGCUCGUCCAGUCCAACUCUGAGCUCCUGCCGGCCAACGCCAGCCUCGGAAUCGAUCUCAACACCGAGGCUGAGCUCCUCGCUGUCAUCCAGGACUUUGGCCGCGUUGACCUAUCCAACAGCAUGGCCCUCAAGGACUUUGAGCCCUACAGAGCCGAGGAGUACCAGGAGGACGUGGUCAGCUUCGACAAGAGCCUCAAAAGCGAAACCGAAGAGUUGGACGCCUUGGUGCGCAGUAAGCGCGACAACAACGCUGACAAGCCUGUCGUCAUUAACUUCAGCUGCCCUUCUUGCGACGUUAGCGUUGAGACCGCCGACAAAGACGCCGCGACAGCAGUUGCUCUCGCGCCUGCCGUAGCUUCGACGUCGAGACAAUUGGACGAGAGCCAAGGAGCUGCAGCUGCGAAUAUGAGCGGCAACUACUCGCCCUUUGCGGAAAACGACUCUGACUCGGACGAGUCCUCGGUGGAGGAGGUCGACAGCCCCGUCCGUGGCGAACACUCCUCCAGUUUCUUCGUGGGUGAAGAUGAGCACAAGACCAUUGAACAUUCCAGUCCUGGUGACGGUGGCGUUGUUACGAGUCCGAUCGAGGACAACGCCUGCGGCGUCGCCGAGGUACAAGACAAGUCGAAGGAGGGGCUGGCGGAUGAACACCCAAUACAGAUCCAGCAGUGGUUGCGGCAGAUCCUGGCCGAGACCGAGACCGAGCCGAUCGUCAACGAGACCGGCCGGCCCAUUGUGGUUGGCCAGUUUCCCAAAUUGCCGAGUAACUCUAGACUCUACCACGAAUUUCCCGUUGAAACGUAAAAAGGCUGAACAUUGUUGCGUAUUGUUGCCGAUACCCGAAAAAAAUCUGGACGAACAGAGAGAACGUAAGACCGACACGAUUAAUCGAGGAAUUGCUCAAGAGUUGUCGAUGUACCUUAUAGCAGUAAUUGUAGUCGCGUAGGUUAUGCCACUGUUGAAAAAUAAAAGGAGAAUGGACGUUAUCAUUCGCAUCUUUGCUCUACUUAAUAGAGAAGAAAAAUCAAGUCCUACACGGGGCCAAAUUCCAUUGAUGAUAUAUCUACAUACAUGUACGUGGAAUAUGAAUCGACAAGUCUGAUUUUCCAUUUGUGUAUUUCUAUCUGUAAUCUUUUCUCAAAUAAUCAUCUUACUCCGCGUCGUUGUACUUCUCAAUGAUAAUUUAUUAUUCAUUUUUAAUGUUAAGGUGUCUCGAUCGAAAGAAUUUGUAUUUAAUAAUUUGUACUUAAAUGUGUGUCGCAUCGCCGUAUUUACAAAUUAUACACGUAGCUUGGAUUCAAAGCCAGUGUCAUUGUUAAGAUCUUCAUCUCGCAUUUCAUUAAUUGCGUUACUUAUUACAUAGUUAU